GCAGAAAUCCCGUCUCCGGCUCCUGUCUGACAUAUAUUAUGCUCGAUGCUAGGAUUUUCCGUCGCAGCUGGCUGAUAACGGCGUAACAUCAUGGCGGUUAGCGACAAGAAGCCGAUGUCACGUCUAAUGAAACUCGCCAACAAAUUCAAUUGCUUCUACCUGUCAGGUUUUCAUGCAGGAGAAUGCAGAGCAUUUGUUGUCGAUGGGCAGCAAGUUGGUCUUGUACGUCCAGAUGUAAUGAAGGAAAUUUUAAACUAUCCUCAAGUAUUCCAAGUGCAACCAGAAUACGUGCAACUAAACCCAGCCUUUCGAGAUUAUGCAGAGAGAAGUGCACGUGUCGAUGAAGUGUUGAGAGAAUGGAAAGCAGGUGGGAAAUUCAUAACACUACGUGGCUGGAGGGAGGAAUGUCAUGAAGUUCGAGCUCAGUUUAAUACCAUCCCACUGCUUAAGAUGGAUCGCUCAGCCACAUGCUUAUUCGGCAUUCGGAAAUACGGAGUGGAUAUAAAUGGUUAUGUAAUGGAUCCUGUCAAAGGUUUGUCAAUAUGGUUACAAAAGCGUAGUCCUAACAAACAAACGUGGCCGGCGUACUGGGACAGCAUGGUGAGCGGCGGAUUGACUGUUGGCUAUGGCAUAAACGAAACCGCGAUAAAAGAGGCAUUCGAAGAAGCUGGAAUUCCGAAUAAUCUUAUUGCUAAGCUAAAGAGCGCCGGUUGCGUGUCGUUCUUUUUCGAGAGUGAGAGGGGUCUGUUUCCUAAUACGGAAUUCGUAUAUGAUCUUGAACUGCCACCGGAUUUCAUACCGAGUAAUAGCGACGGAGAAGUAGAAACCUUCGAGUUACUACCCGUUAGUGAAUGCUUAGAGAGGAUACUCUCCCCACACUUCAAGACUACGUCUGUACCGGUCGCCCUUGACUUCUUAAUUAGACACGGAUACAUCACAGCGGAGAAUGAGCCUAACUUUAUACAGAUUGUGGAGUUACUUCAUGUACCUCUGCAGACUAUGUACAACUUUCCACACAAAGCGUGUAAAAUAACAGCCAAUGGUGAAGCAAAUUAUGGUGAAGCUUUAUAAAGAAUUUAUGUUUCUCUAGGCUUUUAAUUUAUACCGUGCUAAGGCUAUGAGUCAAAUGAAAUGAAUGAGAUUGUUCUUACUCUCUGUUUCUUCUCAUUGAACGGCUACAUGUGCUGUUGCGAAAUUUUACAUUAAAUGAUGCAGUUAUACACAUGUAAGACACACAAAGAGCUUUUUAUAAAUUAUUGAGCUAUAGAUAGAAAGUUUUUAUUACUGAGUUGGACAUAUUUUUGCAUUUAUUCAAAGUUAACUUUAUUUGCAUAUUACGUAUUAACAACGAAAAAAGAGAAAUAUUUAAUACGCUUUAUUAACCACAUUGAUCUUAAGAUGUUUAUGAGGUUUUUGUAACAUGUUAAUUUUAAAGUAACAUUAAUUUUCCUCUAUCUAUACACAAUUUUAUGUGAUCCAUAAAACAGAAAAGACUAUUAAAUAACGCCUUUUUACGUAUUUUUUUGUAUAUUACAAUUUAUAUUUCUAAUUAAAAUAUGGUCGAAAUGGUAGAACAAAAUUACAUAUAGCGGUAAUUUCUUCCAUUUAAAAAUAUGUCUUUCCCUUUUUUUUAUAUAUAUAAAAAUCUAAUUACACAAACAGUCGUAUUAUAUUAAGGUAUUUUUCAGUAUGACUUGCAUUUAUUACAUUAGCACAACAAAAUCGUAUGCCAAUUAUAUUAAUACCGUGUUUUUCAACUAAACAGGUGCAUUGUAAUAAAAGAUAAUGAAUAAUGUUCAAUGAAAUUAUGAUAACCGAAAAGUAUUAUGAAAACACAGCAUUCCAGAGAAUAAGUUUACUACUAAGCUUGCGUUUAAGGCCCGAAAAGUAACGGAUGUUUUCAAAUAAUUGUAAAAUUUACAACGCUGUGCUUAAAAUCACCAGUGCAAGAUCCUGAUAGUCUGUGUAACAUUAAGAUUGUUCACAGUAUUAUGAAAGUAAAGAUACAGUACACCAUUCUGAUACGUUGAGGAAAAUUCACGGUGGGAUUAUGUGCUCGAAACAUGUGUUCAACAGUAUUUUAUUAUCAAAAGCGUUCUCUCGAAUACUUAGUUUUUAUUUACUAGUACUCUUUUUAAUGAAGAAUCGUAAGCACUUAAUUACUUAUUACAUACAACAUACUGGCAUUUUAUAAUGAAAAUAUUGAAUACUUCCACAACGGUAAAAAUUCAAACUGCAUCUAUACAUCAAGACAUCAAUAACUGUACAAGUGAGAAGCACAAAUUAACGACUAAUGCAAUUGUAUAUUUUCGUUCGUAUUACCCUUAUUUCAAAUAAGAUCAAUAUUAAUAUAAGCAAUUAAUAAUAUGGUUUUAUGUUCUUACAUUAUAAGAUGAACAAAAAAUUUUACGUCACAUUUGAAUACGUCGUAUUAUAUAUUUCAAUUGUACAUAAUAUUUAUUUGUAGUUCGCUCUCUCAUUCUUUUUUACUUUAACAUCACAGUUUAUGAAGUUGUGGAUUGGACUAAUAUUGUAUUAUCGCUUUAUAUGCCGAAACACUUCGAUGAGAGCAUCAAUAACUCUUUGUUAUUAACGCGACUGAUGUCGUGAUGUGAAGUAUAUCAUUCGUAUGUGAUAUAUUUUACAUCGCAUUUAAAAAGAAAAUUGUUAUAUAUACCUCAUAAAACAAAUACUUAUUCAUAUCGAUCGAUCUGUUAAUGUUCUUGUUAAAUUCAUUAUUACGAAAAUCACAUUAUUACGUGUAUGACGUGUGGACUGCAGCGUAUCAUAUAUUUGUUACGAUAUUAUAAUUAUAAUGAUGUAAUAAAUGAUCGCGUUUAUAUAUUGCACAAAAAGGCACACGAGCACUUGUACAUGCCAAACCGUAGUUUCACAAACACGUUUGGUUUAGAAAGUAUGAGUUUCGAACACCGACUCUUUUAACGACUUUUGUACGAUAGACGAUGGAGUGUGUAUUUCAUAUAGAAUAGCUGUAAUUUGGAUCCUUUAAACUAUAUAAUUUCAUGUUCGCGCAUAUAUAUACAUAUAUAUGUAUAUAUAUAUGUAUAUAUGAUGAAUUGAUAUUGCGACAUGAUAUUAUAAAAUUGUCAGUUGAACAAAUUUUACAGUCAAGUUCGAAGAACCGACUAAUCGCGAACUGCGUGCAGUAGAUUUCAUAAGUUUAAUACUUUUGUAAUAACGAUAAAAUGUAAUAUUAUACUAGUCACGCUCAUCUUUAUCACUCUGCUGUUUCUUCUAACGAUUGAUCUGGUCAUCAAACAUGACGUUUGUGAUACACUUAUUCUAAGUGAGAUUUCGUUUCCUACUAUGAUUCUGUUUUGUGAUAGGGAUGGAUAGGACUGGUUACACACGUUUGUCGCAUGAAUUAAAGUAGUAUUACGUUACAUGCCAUACACGCCGAUCUUUCUGUUUGGUUCCAACGGCAAAAACGAGAAGUUGCGCGUUUGAAACAAGAGUGUUUAUGGCCCGAUUAACAGUGAAACUAAUUUAAUUACAGAUUGUUAUAUAUUAUAAUGCAAAUUUGCCAAGUUUGCAUACAUGUACUAUUGUGACUUUGAGUGAUUACUGUAUGUGAUUAUAUAAUACCAAUUAACUUGAGCGCAUACCGCUUAGCUUUUAUAUCCUCUGUUGCAGCCUAAGUAUGUAUCGAUUGUAAGAGGGGAAACCAUCUCGCGAGCCGCCAAAACAGAUCGACGCGAUUCUUUCGUAGAUUAUUACGGUCGAAUUAAUCAGCGCACUGUGUGGCUCGCGAUCCGACAAGUCGCUUCGCCACUUAACACGCGAUAAAGCGAAGCUUCUUUGCGGUAGGUACGACCGAUUGAUGACGUCGACAUUAAAUUGAGGGAUUCUCCGUAGGAUUUUUCUAUAUCAUUUCAAUUUUAUUAUCACUAUACUUCUGAACGAUACCAAUUUGAAAUUUUAUUCUUUGAGCACAAUUAUAUUAAAUUCGAUAAAUAAAAAAAUUUAGAAAGAAUCGACACAGUUCUCUGUUCUGUAAGAUGCGUUAUUUCACAAAUAAGUUUCAAUAUACUAAAAGUAAGAGAUCGGUCGUGCCUAAAAAACCGAGUAAACGAGUAAAGUAACAAUCACGGAAGACAAAUGUUUUGUCUCUCUGAAGAAAAAUACAUAAACUUAUAUUCGUUACGCACUGAAUUCAGCGCGUCCUUGAACGAAUAAGAGAUAACAACACGAAUACUUAUAGUCACGAAGUUAAUGUUCUGGAGCAAACGGUUGAUUGUUUUGUUUUAGCAUGAGACAUAUAAAUUCUCUAACACAAAUAAGAUGAAUCGUGAGAGGAAAAUAAUUUAUCUCCCUAAAAAAUAUGUAUGUGUUGCGGAGCAGAAUUGUCAUGAUCUACUGGCAAACAAACUCCAGACACUUUCGUAUGUUGUUAUCCCAUUCGCUCCUAUUUUUACAGGCAAAAGUUAUAGGUACGGAUACUUAUAUUCUGUAUAAAGAUGCGGAUUGUUACACUCGGGUCGUUUAAUAUUAGUAAGAGACUUAAAAAACGAUAGAGUAUCGAUUGCAUCGAAGAUGCAGCCAAAAAUAUAAGAGAUGUGUAGUUCUAGGAUCAAAUAAUUGUACUUACAUAAACGAUGAGAAACAUUUUUUCGACUGAUCUUUUACUACAUACACAUCUUUCGACUGAUCUUUUACUACAUACGAUUUUUACUGCUUUUCGUUGCUACGUUGAUCUUAUCGUUUUUCCACCAUGACGCAAAUCCAGUGUGUAUUAUAUUUACCCGCGGUUAAUUAUCACGUUAACGAACGAUUGAAUGUUGUGUUAAAAGAAAAAGCUAUAUUUUUGCCGUUUAUUGCGUUCAACUAACGACGAUAUGAAUGAUGACAUGUACCGAUAGCACAUGUGAUAAUAAAAUAACAUUUGUAAUUGAACGUAUGAACACACACAUGACGUCCAAGACAUCGUGCGCUUUUCCUUUGCUUUCGUUUUUUUCCAUUUUUCUUUUUGCAAAAUUUCGAGUUCAGUUGAUUCUCUUCGAUAAUAUUCAUUCUAAGAAUGCGCACAAUGUCUGGAGCAUUCGUUUACACGUUGCACUAUUCUACGAUGUAAUUGCCCAAUAAAUACCAACUAUCAGGAACAUAACAUCAAUGUUACAAUUUUCUAUUCAACAACGUAAAUUCAAUAUAAUACGUGUGCUAUGUAACAGUUACAGCGUAUUGAGUGGGAAAUAACAUUGACGUAAUGUUACUGUUGGUUGUUGUUUACCAGAUUACAAAUCCGACUAUUUGUCCGCUUAAUUCGACAUUGCAAUAUGAAAAGGUACUCUUUUUCUUUUUCAGUUCUAUAUUGAGGCAACUUCGACAUUGUGUUUCGUUAUAAUUGAUAAUAUUAUGCUGAUAGUCUUUUGCGCAUUAAUGCUAUAUUCAAUACAUAUCAGAGUAUAGUAUUGACGUGUUGUUGUAUUAUAAUCAGAUGCUAAAUUAUUAAAAUAAACGCAAACUGCACGA